AUGAACUUUUAUCAACAUGCUGGUCGAAUUCUCGACAAAUUAGCAAGACACGAAGGCACUAUUAAGGGCUUGAUCAUCGGUGAUCCUAAAGUCUGGGACAAGAAGAAGAUGUAUGCUCUCGUUUGCGAGACUUUGAAAUACAAGCAAGUCUUAAAUGAGCUCAUUGAUGCAUCCAAGAUCUGUGAGGUUGAGAAGAAGCUCAAAAGAUCACUUGCACUCGUUUUGAUCCAUGAUUUACUAUUCACAAAAAGAGGAAUUACAGUUCGCAAUGAUGUACCAUUGAAACAAUGUGUGAUGCGCCAUCAAGCGAGACUCAAAUCAGAAUUGAUCAAGAUCAAGAUCAAGAGAGGAGCAACUUCGGAUGAAGAUUUAGUGAGUCAGAAAGUAAAGGAUGCAGUAUUGAUUCCUAGAUAUGCUCGAGUCAAUGAACACAAAUUAACUGUACAAAAAGCCAUCAAGAGCUUUCAGAAUGAAGGAUAUACAUUGGUUGAUUGCCCUGAGGAUUUGCGUGAAUUGAAACUCAAAGAAUUCUGUAUCGACCGUCAUCUCCAUGACAUGCUUAUCUUUCAUCAAAAGACCGAUUUUCAUGCCCAUCCAUUAUACGUUUCAGGCAACAUCAUCUUACAGGACAAAGCAUCAUGUUUUCCUGCUCAUGUGUGUCAAGCUCCUCAGGGUGCUCAUGCUAUCGACGCUUGUGCUGCACCAGGAAACAAGACCUCGCAUCUCUCUGCAUUGAUGAAGAAUACAGGCAAAAUCUGGGCUUUUGAUCUGGAUUCCAGACGCUUGGAGUUAUUGAAGAAAUUGACCAACAAAGCUGGAUGUAAAAAUAUUACACCUGUGCAUGGCUCGUUUCUUGAAACCAAUCCUGAAGACGCUCAAUUCGCCAAUGUAGAAUAUCUCUUAUUGGAUCCUUCUUGUUCUGGAUCUGGUAUCAUCAGCCGAUUGGAUCAUCUUGUGGAUGAUGAGGAUGAGAAAGAGAAUGAUGGCAAAGAUGCCAAUGGUCAGACACAGGAAGAGAGAUUAAAGAAUUUAUCUGAUUUCCAAAUAUCCAUUAUUCAACAUGCUAUGAAAUUUCCUAAGGCUAAACGUAUUGUAUAUUCAACUUGUUCAAUUCACCCUGACGAGAACGAGCAUGUGGUGAAAGCAAUCCUCAAGAAUAACCCCGAGUUUGAGUUGGCUGAAAGAGACAGCGUGUUACCUACUUGGGAGAGACGUGGUAUCCCAGCAGAGAUCAAUGGUAACAAAGAUCUUGCUGACCGUUUAGUGCGUACUAUUCCUGCUGAAGACUUGACAAACGGCUUCUUUGUUUCCUGUUUUAUUAGAAAAUCUUCUGCUUCUUCAGAAUCAAGCAAACGACCUUUAGAACAAGGUCAACAAACAACUUCCAGCACAUCACCCAACAAGAAGAAGAAGAAGAAUAACAAGAAGAAGAAGGCUGCACUCACCCAAUAG